CCGAGGAGCGCUCCCGGCCGCCGGGGGAGCGACGGGCCCGGCGCCUCCGCGGACGAGCGGCGGCGGGAGAGCGGACACUCCUCGCCAUCGCCCGAGCCCAGGUUUUCCCGAAUACCACAUGCCUAAUAAUUUUCCUUGCGACAUUAGCCAUUGUUUUUCACUGCCUCCAAAAGAUCAAAAUUUCUCUGGAAAUUGGAGACCUAUUUGAUUUAAAAGAAAUAACUUUAACAAAUGGACAAUAUGUCUAUUACAAAUACACCGACAAGUAACGAUGCCUGUCUGAGCAUUGUCCAUAGUUUGAUGUGCCAUAGACAAGGCGGAGAGAGUGAAACAUUUGCAAAAAGAGCAAUUGAAAGUUUGGUAAAGAAGCUGAAAGAGAAAAAAGAUGAAUUGGAUUCUUUAAUAACAGCUAUAACAACAAAUGGAGCUCAUCCUAGCAAAUGUGUUACCAUACAGAGAACAUUGGAUGGGAGGCUUCAGGUGGCAGGUCGGAAGGGAUUUCCUCAUGUGAUCUAUGCCCGUCUCUGGAGGUGGCCUGAUCUUCACAAAAAUGAACUCAAACAUGUUAAAUAUUGUCAAUAUGCAUUUGACUUAAAAUGUGAUAGUGUCUGUGUGAAUCCAUAUCACUACGAACGAGUUGUAUCACCUGGAAUUGAUCUCUCAGGAUUAACACUGCAGAGUAAUGCUCCACCAAGUAUGUUGGUGAAGGACGAAUAUGUUCAUGACUUUGAGGGACAGCCAUCAUUAUCAACUGAAGGGCAUUCAAUUCAAACCAUCCAGCAUCCACCAAGUAAUCGUGCCUCAACGGAGACAUACAGCACCCCAGCUCUGUUAGCUCCAUCUGAGUCUAAUGCUACCAGCACCACCAACUUUCCCAACAUUCCUGUGGCUUCCACAAGUCAGCCUGCCAGUAUACUGGCGGGCAGCCAUAGUGAAGGAUUGUUGCAGAUAGCUUCAGGGCCUCAGCCAGGACAGCAGCAGAAUGGAUUUACUGGUCAGCCAGCUACUUACCAUCAUAACAGCACUACCACCUGGACUGGAAGUAGGAGCGCACCAUACACACCUAAUUUGCCUCACCACCAAAACGGCCAUCUUCAGCACCACCCGCCUAUGCCGCCCCAUCCCGGACAUUACUGGCCAGUUCACAAUGAGCUUGCAUUCCAGCCUCCCAUUUCCAAUCAUCCUGCUCCUGAGUAUUGGUGUUCCAUCGCUUACUUUGAAAUGGAUGUUCAAGUAGGAGAGACAUUUAAGGUUCCUUCAAGCUGCCCUAUUGUUACUGUUGAUGGAUAUGUGGACCCUUCUGGAGGAGAUCGCUUUUGCUUAGGUCAACUCUCCAAUGUUCACAGGACAGAAGCCAUUGAGAGAGCAAGGUUGCACAUAGGCAAAGGUGUGCAGUUGGAAUGUAAAGGUGAAGGUGAUGUUUGGGUCAGGUGCCUUAGCGACCAUGCAGUCUUUGUGCAGAGUUACUACUUAGACAGAGAAGCUGGGCGUGCACCUGGAGAUGCUGUUCAUAAGAUCUACCCAAGUGCAUACAUAAAGGUCUUUGACUUGCGUCAGUGUCACCGUCAGAUGCAGCAGCAGGCGGCCACCGCGCAGGCUGCAGCCGCCGCCCAGGCAGCAGCUGUGGCGGGAAACAUCCCUGGCCCCGGAUCAGUAGGUGGAAUAGCUCCAGCUAUCAGUUUGUCAGCGGCUGCCGGCAUUGGCGUUGAUGACCUUCGUCGCUUGUGCAUACUCAGGAUGAGUUUUGUGAAAGGCUGGGGACCGGAUUACCCAAGACAAAGCAUCAAAGAAACACCUUGCUGGAUUGAGAUUCACUUACACCGGGCCCUCCAGCUCUUAGAUGAAGUGCUUCACACCAUGCCUAUUGCUGACCCCCAGCCUUUAGACUGAGGUCUUUCACUGUCGGGGCCCUUAACAUUGUCAGGAUGAUGGACUAUAAGAUACAAUCCUGUUUAUAAUCCGAAGAUAUAUUUCACUUUUGUUCUGCUUUAUCUUUUCAUAAAGGGUUGAAAAGUGUGUUUGCUGCCUUGCUCCUAGCAGACAGAAACUGGAUUAAAACAAUUUUUUUUUUCCUAUUUAGAACUUUUCAGGCAUGGCUCAGAGCUUGAAGAUCAGGAAAAACACAUUCUUACUAAAUCCUCACCAGUUAUGUAUGAAGGAAUCAUUCCAGUGCUGGAAAAUUUAGCCCUUUAAAAUGUCUUACAGUCUUUUAUAUGCAGAACAUUGAUACAUGUGUUAUUCUACAGAAUAAAUUCAAUAUUGCUGAUUUUAAAGGAGAGAAGUUCUCAAAGUUAAUUCACCUAUGUUAUUUUGUGUGCGAGUUGUUAUUGUUGAACAUACUUUACUCCAAAUAUUGUGCCAUGUGGGUGAGUUAAUUUUACCAAGAGCAACUUCACUCUGUGUUUAAAAAAAAUAAGAUAGUAAUGUAUUAUAACCUUUUAUCCAGAAUAUUUUUUUGCAAGUUAAACUAGUGAAGAUGAUUUCAAUUCAGAUGGUCUUGCAACUUCAGUUUUAUUUUUGCCAAGGCAAAACACUAAUCUGUGUGUAUUAUAUUGAGAAUUCCUUACAAUUACCCCACAAAGAAAUAUCAUUUAAAAUUAACAUUUGUUAUCCCUGUUGGAUAACUAUUUAUCAAGAAAUACUCUUGCCCUGUUAUACAGUAGAUGUAUUCUUCUCUAUUUCUAGGCAUAAGGUUGGUCACUAAGUAGCCUAGAAGAGGAAUUUCUUUCCUUCAUGAAUUCAUAAGGAAAGGUUUUGUAUUUUUAAAAACACUAAAAGCAGUGUCACUCCACCUAAUAUCUCACUGUUCUGCAAAGGUGGCAAUGCUUAAACUAAAAGUGAGUAUUUUGGAAACUGCUAAAUUCUAUGUUAAAUACUGUGCAGAAUAAUGGAAACAUUACAGUUCAUAAUAGGUAGUUUGGAUAUUUUUGUACUUGAUUUGAUGUGUGACUUUUUUUUCGUAUACUGUUUAAAUCAUGUAUGUUAUGACAUUGUUUAAAAUUCAGUUUUUGUAUCUUGGGGCAAGACUGCAAACUUUUUAUACCUUUUGGUUAUUCUAAGCCCUUUGCCAUCAAUGAUCAUAUCAAUUGGCAGUGACUUUGUAUAGAGAAUUUACGUAGAAAAGUUGCAAAUGUAUUGACUGUACCACAGACACAAUAUGUAUGCUUUUUACUUAGCUAGUAGCAUAAAUAAAACCGAAUCUCAACAUA